UUGAAAUAAUAAUGGAAAAUUUAGUAAACCUCAAGCUGAUUUCAGAAGGAACUUAUGGCAAGGUCUACAACUACAAAAACAAGUAUGCUAUCAAGGUAGAGACUGAAGAAGGGAAGGAAGAUAACAGACUUCAGAACGAGCAGACUCUACUUCGCCUCUGCAAAGGAGAAGGUAUCCCAAGAAUAGUUUCUUCAGAUAUUAUCAAUGGAGAAGCUUACAUCAAAAUGCCUCUACUUGGCCUUGACAUCAAGGAGCUUUACAGAAGGAAUGGAAGAAAGAUCUCACUGAAAUCCACCAUCCUAUUUGGAAUCCAAGCUCUUGAGAGACUUGAGCAUAUCCACUCGAAAGGAGUAAUCCAUAGGGACAUCAAAGGUGAGAACUUCUGAAUUGGCAAGGAAGAUCCAACUAAAAUUUACUUGAUUGAUUUUGGCCUCUCUAAAUUAGAUAUCCCUCAAAAGAAGAAAGCAAAGGACUUGUCCACUAGUGAUGAGGGGUUUGUUGGAAACCUCCUGUUCUCCUGUUGUGAUAGUCACCAAUACAAGAGUCCUACCAAAUAAUAGUGACCUAGAGAGCCUUUGCUACCUGAUGAUUUAUUUAUAUAGGGGGAGCUUACCUUGGGAGAAGGAUUAUAUGAUGACAGAUGAGGAGCUACAGAAGGUGUUAUAUCAUGCCAAGAAGAAUAAGCCUAUAACAAAACUAUGUAAGGGCUUCCCAAGAGAAUUCCAUACUUUUGUUGAGUACAUCAGAGACUUAGGUGAAAAGAAUUCUCCUGACAUGAGAUAUCUACGCAAUUUGUUACUCAAAUGUUUGGAAAAGAAAGACUAUUCUUUAGAUUACUCAAGUUUUGAUUGGCUGAAUUCUGCUAGCAAGAAGUCAUCAAAAAGAGGAAGAAAGUUAGGGGCUUCCAACAAAAAGAGAGAUGAGAAAUUAUUGUCAAAGAAAUAUUUAAAAAAUCUGGAUUCAACAAAAGGAAGUGACUUGAUUGGUAUCGGAGAUGUUCAAAUUAAUCCAAAUCUAGAAACCCUGAAGAAAGAAAAACAAGGAACCAUAAAGGACAGAUUAAGAGGCAGAAUCAGUAAGGACGAUCUUGCUGUUUUGAAAAUAUUUAAGUAA